AUGGGAAAGAAACCUGCAUUAGUGAAGGGAUUGAAAGCCCAAUUGGAGGUGUUACUCAAGAACCUAUAUUGUGGAAGAACAAUGGAGGUGUUUGCUAUUGAGUUAUUGAAAGGGAUUGAAAGCCUAAUUGGAGAUGGUUCAAACUUUGAAAUAGGAGCUCUGAUGGUUCUGGUCUUAAAAGUCGUCUCCUGUUCAAUAAAUUAUAGUGAUGGGGUUUUGAAAGAAGAAGGUUUGCGUGAGGUGCAAAAGAAGUAUCGGUUAGUCCGUUGUCCCUCUAUAGUUGAAUACGUUGGUUACGCAUGCCUAUGUUGUGGCAGUCACUUCGCAGGUCCAGUAUUUGAAAUGAAGGAGUACCUUGAAUAUACCGAACAAAAGGGGGUUUGGGCACCCUCAAAGGAAAAACCUGCACCAUCACCUUAUUGCUCAACCUUGCGUGCUUUAAUUCAAGCAGUUAUAUGCAUGGCCUUAUAUGUGUGUUUGGUAUCACGGUACCCACUUUCCCGGUUCAGUGACCCCAUGUACUAUGAGUGGGGUUUCUGGCGAAAGCUUUUCUACCAAUACAUGCUUGGAUUUACUGCUCGGUGGAAGUAUUAUUUUGUCUGGUCAAUCUCAGAAGCAUCAGUUAUCAUAUCUGGUCUCGGUUUCAGUGGCUGGUCAAAUUCUUCUCCACCUAAGCCACAAUGGGACCGUGCAAAAAAUGUUGAUGUACUUGGUGUGGAGCUUGCAACUAGCUCAGUUCAGAUUCCACUUAUGUGGAACAUACAUGUGAGCACUUGGCUAAGACACUAUGUUUAUGAUAGACUCGUUCAGAAAGGAAAGAAACCUGGAUUCUUUCAGUUGCUGGCUACACAAACUAUCAGUGCUAUCUGGCAUGGAUUAUAUCCAGGAUACAUCAUAUUUUUUGUUCAAACAGCAUUGAUGAUUGCGGGUUCACGAGUAAUCUACAGAUGGCAGCAGGCUAUUUCCCCAAAAAAUGAGGCGGCCAGAAAAAUGCUUACCUUGACCAACUUUGCAUAUACCUUAGUAGUUCUGAAUACUUCAUGCAUCGGUUUUCAGGUUCUGAGCAUGAAAGAAACAUUGGUCUCAUACAAAAACGUACAUUAUAUUGGCACCAUCAUUCCUAUCAUCGUAAUCUUCUUGGAAAAAAUCAUUAAACCAGUUAGACCUGUAAGGCCCAAAGCCCAGAAAGCCCAAUAA